GUAUCUUGAGGACACCAGCAGCCAUGGCCUCACCAAGACCAGGGCAGGGCAUCCAAGAGGAAAUCAAGUGUCCCAUCUGCUGGCAGUAUCUGACAGACCCAGUGACACUAGAGUGUGGGCACAACUUCUGUCAAGCUUGUGUCAGUGACUACUGUGAGAAAUGGGAAGAACACGGACCUUUGAAGUGUCCUGUGUGCAGGGCCAAGAUCCAGAAAGGGAAUCACAUUCCAAACUGGCAGCUGGCAAAUGUAGUAGAAGGCAUUAAAAAAAUGGAGUUUCCUGGAGUUGAAGAUGUGUGUGAGAGACACAAGAAGGAGCUGAGCCUGUUCUGUGAGGAGGACGGGGCGGUUGUGUGUGUGGUUUGCUGGAAAUCCCCAGAGCACAAGUCUCACUCAAUGCUGCUCAUGGACGAGGCUGCCCAGAAAUACAAGGAGCAAAUUCAGGAUGAACUGGAGAUUUUGAGGGAAGAGAGAAAAAGGCUUGAAGACCUGAGAGUGAGUGAGAGUCAGAAACACCAAGAAUAUCAGGCAAAGACAAAGGCUGAGAGGCAGAAGGUUGUGUCUGAAUCUCAGCGACUGCGCCAGUUCAUCGAGGAACAGGAGCGACUUCUUCUGGCUCAGCUGGCAGAGCUGGAGAGGGAGAUUGAGAAGAGUCAUGAGGAAACUGUCACCAAAGUCUCUGAAGAGGUUUCUCAUCUUGACAACCUGAUCAGAGAGAUGGAGCGCCAGUGCCAGAAGCCACCAAGGGACCUCCUGUGGGGCAUUAGAAGCACAUUGAGCAGGUGCAAGAAGGGGAAGUUCCAGCUGCCAAGGGGGAUUUUCCCUGAGCUGCAAACAAGACUCAAGAGCUGCUCUGAACUAAACCUAAGGGAGAAAGUUAGCAUGUUUCAAGGCAAUCUUCAAUCUUAUCUGGAGGAGGGCUCAUACUCCAAGGUGAAGGUGACUCUGGAUCCAGACACUGCAAAUCCCCAGCUCCUCCUUUCUGCAGAUAGGAGAAGUGUCAGAUUGGCAGACGCACCGCAGCAGCUGCCUGACAAUCCUGAGAGAUUUGAUUCUGAGCUGUGUGUGCUGGGCCAUGAGGGAUUCAUCUCGGGGAGACACUGCUGGGAGGUGGAGGUGCAGCAAGGGAUAUUCUGGGCCAUGGGGGUUGCCAAAGAGUCUGUGAGAAGAAAGGGAAAGAUCCACCUUAGGCCUGAGGACGGGAUCUGGGCUGUGCAGCGUAGGUUUCAUCAGUUCCAGGCUCUCACUGCACCUACUCCCAUCCCCUUGUCUGAGCAUCAGGUGCCCAACAGGGUCUGGGUAUGUCUGGACUGUGCAGGGGAGAAUGUGUCAUUUUUUGAUGGAGAUACCAAGGCCCUGAUCUUCACCUUCCUGCUAGCCUCAUUUGCUGGAGACAGAAUCCGGCCCUGGCUCUGGCUUAAGGGCACUGGAGCCGAGCUUAGACUGUGUCACUGAAAUGAGGGUGGGCAGGGGAGAUGUCCCACAGGGAAUGAUUGAAGUAUCUACUCCAGCUUCCUACUCUCUGUGAUCCCGGGGGGGAGAGGGGAGGGGGGGACGGGUACCCUCUCCCAGCCCCCAUGUCUGCACAUCUGUCACUCUUGGAGCUGUAGUAGAUAAAUGGGCACAGUCUGGUUACACAAUCCUAUUGCAGCAGGUAUCACCAGGCUGGUUUGCCCCUGUGUGCUAUGGCUGUAGAGGACUCCAGCAGGACUGGCCACACAGUCUCCCCUUUAGGAAGCCCCUGGGUGGGGAGUCUGUGCCCUGCUUCCAGCCUAGAGCAGCCCAUGGGAUCUCUGUAAAGCCCUGCAAAGUGCCCCUUAGCAUCCUCUGGUCAGGGAGGCCCGUGCUAUACGACACGUGUGUAGGGCUGUGCGGGGCUAGAGCCAGAGCACUGACAGAGGCUACCCAUGGGGAAGUGCUUCUGACCACAGUUAAAUUUGGGUUGGUUUCAGUCUGCAUCCAAGGCCUCUGGGCAAGGGUUUUCAGAGGCUGUAGUGCCCCAGUUCCCAUUAGGGAUAGGUGCCUGCUUCCCUCAACUUCCUCUGUCAACAACAGCUCCACUGCACUGGACACGUGGACUGUUGACAGAAGCAGAAAUUUGAGCAAACACCUUCACUUUAAAAAAAAAAUGCCUUUGACCCCUUGAUCUUAAAUCUCCUUUUUCUCUCUCUGCAUCUCACCUGGCCUGGUUCUGUCCCAUGUCCUGGAUGAUGUGGGCAGGAUGUCCCCUGCGGGAUGGACACCUCUUCUUUUCUUUGCAGCAUCCCUCUCUUUCUCCCACCUAAAAGGAACUUGAGUUAAAAACCGGGGGCACAUUCUUAUUCACAUGAGAGCCCCUUUGCUCCCCACCAGCAGCAGUUUGGGAGUUGAUUGGGGUGGAAAAGGCAGUGGGCUCCAAAAUCAGGUGCGUGUUUCUGAAAAUCUCAGCUUGGAUGGACAGGGGUGUCAUAUCUCUUUUUAUUCAUAGUCACAGACUCAGGCUGAACCAUUUCAUGU